AUGAGAUAUUAUCUUAUUUUCAUCGUGCUUAGUAUUUCGUAUUUAUUCGUUAAUACACAGCCAGAAGAUAGUUCAACGACAAACAGUCUUGUGCAAAAUGUUACUGAAAAAGAAACAACCGUUGUUCCAACUACUGGCAAAACUACUGAGCAUACAAGCUUAAACCAAACUACUAAACAAAUGAACUUCGGGACAACUACGAAAUAUACAAAUACUGAUCAAACUACUCAACAUACAAGUUUAGAACAAACUAUAGAACAAAAAAGCUUUGACCAGACUACGAAACAUACAAUCUUUGACCAAACAACUGUCAUAUCGGAUAUAAAGACCACAACAAGUGUUUCAAACAAAGUAUUUGUAUCUUCAUAUGUUGAACCACCACCACAUCCACUUGGCUAUUGUAUUCGUUCACGUUUACGUUGUUCUAAAAUUCGUCGUUGUUGCACAGGAACCUGCAAUGUUAUCAGGAUGAGAUGUCCAUAA